CAUUCCCCUUAUCUUCAUUUUCAUUUCUUCGUUCUUCUUCCAAUCCGUUGCCAUAGCCACAACACAACCACUCUCAGUUUCUCUGUGUCUGUUCUUUUCAGACAGACACUUACAUAGCUAGCUGCUAACCUUCCAACAUGUCUCUUUCUACCUCUCUUCUUCUCCCAAUUCCACCUCUUUCCCCUUCUUUCCUACGCCAUCUUCCUUCCAAUGGCCACCUUGUUUUCUGCAGAACCCCAGGUUCUGCGUCCAUCCAUGGUGGGCUCUUUAGGGUCUCAUCUUCCUUUUCCUCCCAUGGCUGUGCUGCAUUUGACGGUGGCAGUGAAGGGGACCUAGAAGAUGAUGAUGAUGAUGAUGAUGAUGAGGUAGCAGAGAAUGGGGUUGACUCGUUGGUUUUACCAGAGAGAUGGGAUGUUUUGGGUCUUGGUCAAGCUAUGGUAGACUUCUCAGGCACAGUUGAUGAUGAGUUCCUGAGGAAUUUGGGAUUGGAGAAGGGAACGAGGAAGGUUGUAUACCAUGAGGAAAGAGGUAGAGUUUUAAGCGCUAUGGAUGGAUGCAGCUAUAAAGCUGCCGCUGGUGGAUCUCUUUCCAAUAGCUUAGUUGCCCUGGCAAGGCUUGGAAGUCCCUCUGCUGAAGCUCCCGCCAUAAAUGUAGCAAUGGCUGGCAGUGUAGGGAGUGAUCCGUUGGGUGGCUUCUACAGGCAAAAAUUACGCCGAGCAGAUGUGCAAUUUCUUUCUGCGCCUAUCAAGGAUGGGACAACUGGAACAGUUAUAGUUCUCACGACACCAGAUGCCCAACGCACAAUGCUUGCAUAUCAGGGUGCAUCUUCAACUGUGAACUAUGACACUUCCUUGGCUAGUGCAGUUUCCAAGACCAACAUACUAGUUGUUGAAGGGUAUCUAUUUGAACUUCCUGACACUAUGAGAGCAAUAAUGCAAGCAUGCAAGAAAGCUAGGAGUAAUGGUGCCUUGGUCGCAAUAACAGCUUCAGAUGUAUCCUGCAUUGAGAGACAUUUUGAUCAUUUCUGGGAAAUUGUUGGGAACUAUGCGGAUUUAAUCUUUGCGAACAGUGAUGAGGCAAGGGCUCUUUGUAAUUUUGAUGCAAAGGAAAACACUGCUUCAGUGACAAGGUAUCUAAGCCAGUUUGUUCCUCUAGUAUCCGUUACUGAUGGUCCCAAAGGCUCUUACAUAGGUGUAAACGGUGAAGCUGUGUAUAUCCCUCCUUCUCCAUGUGUUCCAGUAGAUACUUGUGGUGCUGGGGAUGCAUAUGCAUCUGGCAUACUCUAUGGUGUUUCAAGAGGCAUAUCAGAUGUCAGAAGUAUUGGUACAAUAGCAUCUAAGGUUGCAGCCACUGUUGUUGGGCAGCAGGGAACUCGGCUUAGAGUUUCGGAUGCGGCCAAAUUGGCUGAAUCUUUUGCAUUUCAACUUGGUAGAUCCACUAUUCGAUAGUGUUAUUUCCAGCAUCUAAUCAGAUUACUCUUUGCAUUGAAUUUUAUAAUUCUUUCAUAAGAUGAAUGAAUGUUUUUCCUUGUUUAAUAUGCUUAUAAUCAUGUACACACUUCAAUUGUACAAAAAAUAGCUUUAUUGGCAAUUAAAUUACUUAGGUACCCCCUCCUCCUCGUUACUAUUAUUGAAGUAAUUGAUAAUUUGAUA